AUGAAGUUUCUGGUUUUGUUUCUGUUUUGCCUUGUAAGCGUUAGUGUUUUUGUUGCGGCUGAUGAAGAAGAAGAUGGUAAGCUAUUAUCUUUUUUUCGCACUUGUUUAAUCCGUUCUGCUAUACGUUUACACUGAAUUGAAAUAAGGCUGCUGAUCGCCCUUACAUACACUGUAGAUAUGUUUAAGACAUCUCGAUUUCGAUUUCACCCCACCUACAUUACCUCUUUUGCGUCGCCGAGAGUUUAACCUCUAUGAGGCAGGUUUUUCUGUACUUUUGUCAAUUAACCUACGUCUUGACGAUUUGAAGAUUUAAAACAAUUGGUACUAAAAGUCUACAAACUUUUCCUCAAGAAGUAUAUAACUAGGUUUAGAAUAUUUUGAUUUGUGUCGCUCGUCUAGUUCCGUGAUUAAGGGUGCGUUCGAUUGAUCGUAUUCCGGAAUACGAAUCUCAAUGAUUUCUGGACUAGUUAGACACUACAUACAUCGGAAUAUUUCAUUUCAAGGAGAUUUGUAGAUAUUGCAACGCAUUAAAUGCCGAAAUAAUUGAUAAUUCGGAGAGUUUACUUCCAUUUUUUCUUAUUCCGGAAUUCACUGAUAAAUUAAAAUAUAAGCUCUAAAAAUAAGAGAAAAAAAAUGGCCUGUGUUUGCUGACCAAAAGUGAAAAAAGAAUUGAACUUUCGCCCGGCUGGCAUAAAAUCAAUAACUGUCGUUCUUAAAACCUGAUUAUCUAUUGACAUUGACUCAGUAGUAAAUUAACACAAAAAUGCUGGUAAAUCAACCAAUUUAGCUUUAAGGCUGCCGUUAGGUUAUGGUAUUGUAUCAGCCGUGGAUAUUUGCAUAGGAACGAGAGGUUCAUUCAUAUUUAUAAGCCGGAUUAAAAUGCGACAAUCUUCGGACAACAAGGAGAGCAUACGGGCGAAGAUCGCAUUUUAGACAAACUGUUGGAUUCCUGAAAAGGCUAUAAUUUUGUUAAUACUUUCUCGAAGAAAGUUCUAAAUAAACAGUAUAUUUAUAAUUCCACAGCAUUAUAAACUGCACCAUAAUUCUUCACGGUCGGUAUACAACGAUUUGAACUUUAUUCAUUGAUUACAUCAUUUGGUGCUAAAUUGCAAGCUUAGUUCCCUCAGACAACCACUUUCCCUUUUCUACGAUGACGCAGCACCCUGUCCUUUUAAUUGAUUCUUUGAGAUUCGUCCCUUGUAAAAGCUAAAUUAACAAAGAAUAACGUAACCGCUGGGUAGAUCUUCUUGGUUGAGAUGCUCUAUUUGAAUCGUUAAUUAACUUAAGGUUUGAUAAACCCUUUCGCGAAUUCAAUUUUAAGGCCAGGCUUCACCACACCAAAAAGGAAAAAUUACAACUGGUUUUCUUCAGAUCAGUGUAAUGCUGAAAGAUAUAAAAACUUUGAAGUAUUGCCCUCAUGUAGGAGAAUUAGUUACAGUGUAAUAUAUAAAAUAUUAGGAAAUAUUGGCUCAGAUCCUACGUACGUGAGUUAGCAGCAUGAUUCCGUUAUAUGUGACACUUUUUAUAUUUCAUUUCCCUAAUCCAUAGUUCCCUUAACUAACCGUGCCAGCUGUACAGUUUGAAUCUAUUUAUUUACGUAAACAUGCAAAUAGUGCAUUAGCUUAGUAAGUUGACUAAAAGCUUUCUAUUUGAAGAAAUCUUGAAGAUGCAAUUUAAUUUGGGUAAACAGGCGAUUAUGAAGAGUGAAACGCGUUAUACCAAAGGCCAGCUGAAACUACAAAAACUCUUUGAAAAUUGAAGUAUUAUCUAGGUAUUGAUCGAGGUUAUAAUUUUCUUUAACGCUGAAAAAAAUAAUUCUAAUUUCGUUUCGGGGUUCACCUUUUAUCUUAGACAAACACUUUUAACAAACGCACGCCAUUAUAAUUCAGCACUGAAUUGGAGCUAAGAAGAUUAUUCUGAGCAGAUUAUUAUAAAUUAUUAUUCGAGCAGAUUAGUAUUUUAGAAUAUAAAAAGAUGAUUUCAAGGGAACAAAAUUUGGUCCAUCUCACUUUUUUCAGUCCCCACUAUUCCAACUUCUUUCUUGGCAGGGAUACUACUUUAGACUGUCUCUGACCAAAGUUUUAUAAAAAGGCACGAUGUUGCCUUGUACAGUCAACUCUCUUGUUGCGGACACCCCGGCCCCAAAAAGCGGUUAAAUUCCCAGGAAAAAUAAACUACAGACGUUUGACUCUCACUAUCACGGAUUCUCGCUAUCAAAGAGACUAACUAAGGUUGUCCACAAUGACCAGAGGUGUCUGAUUCUUUAUUAAAAAAUAAAGAUUGUGGCAUGUGGAAUGGGGAAUCGUAGGCUUUGGAAUCCAUAAAUUAGCUCAAGGAAUCCGGAAUCCCGCUAACGAUUGGAAUCUUGAAUCCAAUUUCCACUGAAAGGGAAUCCGGAAUCCAGUAUCUAAGUAUCUGGAAUCCAGGAUCCACAGCGUGGAAUCUUAAUGUCUUAGAUUAUCUAACAUCGGGCGACUUAUGCAAGAAGCAAACGAAAUUCAAAUUCAAUUUCAGGUCAAUUUCGACUAGGAAUGAAGAAUGCGACGACUUAAAGUUUAACUGAUGCCGUUAAGAGUUGCAUGCACAAUUAAGAUUUUUAAUUCUUAAGCUUUUGAAAUUUCCCUUGUACCCAAUGCUGACUUCUCUCUUUUUCUUCAACUCUAGCAGUUUUAGCCAAAUUGUUGGAAGACGAAGAGGCAGAAAAUUCGCCCGGUUCAGAUGAAGGUUGGAUCAUUUUAUUUUGCGUCUUUUUAACGCGCGAGAAAAAUGCCUUGGUGCGCAACGGUGCCCAACACGAAUAUGAGCGCUUUCCAGCAGUUGUUGUUUUUUUAGGUUUUUCAGUUGGAAGGGAACAAUGCUUAAACUAUUUGAAUUUUAGCCAAUGCUACAAUCGUAAUACUGAUAAUACUGAACUAAUAAACAUUUGGUAACAAAGGUGGUUGCCGUAUGAGGUGUAUGACCCUUCAAAGUACCCUUUCGCUUAAACUUAAAAGGCGUUACCGUAUUUUCUUGAUUAACCGUCUAACCCCCCACGCGCGUUUAUUUCAAAAUCGGCGGUUUUGACCCGGCAAUUUUUCGAGGCCGGCGUUAAAUCGCGGCCAGGUGAUUAAUUGAGAAACUACGGUAUAUAGCUUAAAUGAAAUUGACUUUGGUUAUCCUGUGGCACGAACGUUGAUGGCCAAAUUGCUACAAAUGAAAGCAAAAUGUGUUUAAGCAAAGAAAAUGACUGCUAAAAAAUUUAUAAGUAUUAAUUUAUUUGUUACGCUCACAGAGGAAGAACCUCGCUUUGCUCGCGAAGUGGAAGAGGACGCUCUCAGUGAAGGGCAAGAACCGAUAGCCAACGACUUGAGUGAAGGCGACGAGCAGGCUGAAGGUGCUCCAGUUUAAAACCUUUAUGUAUUUAGAACUUUAUUCCUAUGUUUUUUCAAUUGAUGGUAGAUUAUAUAUAUUGUAUAUUUUAAUAAGAGGUCUUUAAUUGAAGAUUUGUAAGCGCCAUUCACUUACUAUCUGAUUCCUCAUACAUGUAUUGGUGACUGACUUUCCCAAAUUAAAAAUCAAACAAACGCCAGAUCUCAAAGACCGAUAAAAGCAAGUUAUUUUCAUUUGACCCACUACGGUAACUGAGUUUUUUGUCUUUGACAUUCUAGCAACUACGAACACAAAAAAAGGAAAUCGUAUUUAUUUUUUUUAAGUCUACGGCAGACAUUUUAAAUAUUACAGCCGAUGAAGCACCGAAGGAUGAGACGUCCCCAUCCAAAGCAACGGGUUUAAAAGAUUUAACAUCACUGACUAUGAUAUGUAGAACCUAAGAAAGGCUUCACCCACGCAUCGAGUAAUUCUCUGUUGCUUUUAACCAUUUUUCAGAAGAGGAUGAAGGCAAAGUCCGAGUUGCCGAAGCAGAAUUUCAAUACUGA